AACGUAAGGAAGGUUUCCCUCAAACGGUUAUUUUUAUGUUAAAAAAUCGAAAAGAAUAUAUAAAAAGGGUGAAAACGCGAAUUCAUACUCGUGACUGCUAUUUGCGCAUUUAUUGGCAUUCAUUUUGUGGGGAGGAAGCCGCAAAAUUGGGAAAGUCGCGCAAAAAAAAGGAUAGCUUGAGCAUGCUGCGCAUAUAUAAAAUAAUAUACAAGUAGUAAUACAGGCAUUAGCUGCAAGAGGAGCAUACACGCUCAUCCUCGCGCAGAUUAUUGUUGCGCGGAAAGUUGGUAACCUCUUUGAUACACUAAUAUUGCUCUGCCGUAACGUAUGCGCGAGGUUUUUUUAUACAUAUGUAAAAUACAUAUGGGCUUUCCUUUUUCGUAAUACGCAUAUAACGUUCCCCAUUGCGCAAUUUUUUGGGCCCAUUUUCAGAAACCCCUUUUUUAAAUGAGCGUUAAUUAAUUUUUAAUUUUUUUUAAAAAAAUUUUUCGUACAUAUAUUUUUCCCGCACUUGCGCAUAAAAUAUAAAUUUUUGCUUUAUGCUUAUCGUAAAAAAGUGUUAGCAAAACUCUGCAAAAAAAAAAAAAAAAAAAAAGGUGUUUAUUGAAAGUAUAGAAAACGAUCGUACUUUUUUAUUGAAACAAAUUAUUCUUAACAUUUUCUCAAAAUUUCACGAAAUAUUUAAUUAUCAAUCGUAUAAGGCAAAAUGGCAGCAGUUCCAGUGGCAGAAUUAGCAGAAUGCGAAAAGCAGGAGCUUUUAUGUACCUACGCCGCGCUGAUACUACAUGAAGAGAAGAUGAGCAUAACGAGUGAAAAUAUUGUAAAGCUUAUCAAAAAAUCAAACAACACAGUGUUGCCCUACUUACCAAUGCUUUUCGAAAAAGCCUUAAAGGGAAAGGAUAUUGAGGGCUUACUAAGCAAUUUAAGCGUUGGCGGAGGUGCCCCAGCUGCAGCUGCACAAGCCGCGGCGGAUAAGCCAAGUGACGAUAAGAAGGAAGCUAAGAAGGAAGAGAAAGUAGAAGAGGAGGAAGAAGAAGAUGACUUAGGAUUUUCAUUAUUCGGUUAGAUUUGUUGCAAAGGGAAAAAAAAAAAGAUACACACGAAAUGAAUUGUACAUUAAAACGUGAGAGAACAAAUUGGAAAGAAGGACACAACAUAUGCCCAUUUUAACGAAUUAUUGAAAUGUUUUCAUUAAUUUGUUGAAAAGAACCCUUAUUGUGUAAUUUAAGCGAAACGUUUAGCUUUUACAUAAAACUUUUUUCUCUCACCUUUUUUUUUUUUUUUUUUUUAAUUAUAUUUAUUUUUUAAAAUAUGGAGAAAUAAAAAAAAAAAAAAAGAACUUUCAUUCAAAGUGUGUAAAACUGGAAAACCUUCUAUUAAGCAUAUAAAUAAAACGUUACUUUUUUUUUUUUA